AUGCAGCCUAGAUGCCUUUCAUACUCCAGCGUACUGGUGAUUAGCUGGCGCAUUUUGUCAACCGCAGCUCGUGGCGGUGUGGGCCGGCUUGUCGACCUGAGCAACGCAAACAUCGUAACAGAGAGUUCAAGUCAACUGUUUGGCGACCUCUUGAACGAUUCACGGACUCGCGGAGGCGACAAGAUAGCACGCAUCCUACAAGGGAUCGACAGUGCGACGAGGCCAUCAUGCUCCGAUUACCAUGCUCCAGGCGCGCCCAUGUCCCCUGCCUGCAAUGCCGACAAGUGCUGCAUCUGGAGCCACAUCACUGGCGAAAUACUACCUUCGUUCAAGGGAUGCACCGACUUUGCUCGUGGUGCAAUACGCCAAGGUUUCCACGACGCAGCCGCAUGGGAUGUGUUCUCCGAAACAGGAGGAGCCGACGGGUCCCUUUUGCUCUCAGACGAAUUGGACAGGAUCGAGAACGAAAACAUCCAUGACAUCGGCAACCUGACCAAGUCUUGGUUUAAGAAAUACGAGGAUUGGGGGGUUUCAAUGGCCGAUCUGAUACAAGUCAGUGCUAUAACCGCCACAGUUGCUUGUCCAGGAGGACCACGGAUACGGCUUUUUGUUGGACGACAGGACAGCGACGAGGCAAAUCCUGCUGGCCUUUUGCCCAGCCCAUUUGACAAUGCAGAUUACCUGAUAUCAUUGUUCGAGAACAAGACCUUCUCCUCGACGGAUCUGGUAGCCCUCGUUGGGGCACAUUCUAUCUCAAAGCAAAUUUCCGUGGAUCCGCGUCGCAUCGGGGCGUCCCAAGGCAUCACACCCAAGGUUCUUGACACUACCUUCUUUGAGAACACUUUACAAGGCGACAAUAAAACGAUUUUGAUAAUACCAAGCGAUGCGAAGCUGGCUGCGUCCAAGAAAACCGCGAAACAAUGGGAGAUGUUUGCCAAAUCAAAAGCUACUGUUGCAUGGAAUCUGGCAUACGCAAGAGCAUAUGUGCGCAUGAGUCUACUGGGUGUCAACAACAUGAAUGAUAUGAUGGAGUGCACGAAAGUAUUGCCACCUCCAAUUCCAACAGGAUAG